GCUGCGGCGCCAAGCUUCAGUGAACAGCUCCGCGGUGCUGAAAUAUCGAAAAGCAACACGAGUGGCAACCAUGGAGCGACUCCCGUGGAAAGUUUUUCUCCUUUGUUGCCUGGCCACCGCGGAGAGCUCCGCGCAAGACAUGGGACAGAGGCAGUUUAUUUGCACGUCGGUGCCCAAGGAUAUGGACUUGUGUGCGGCCACCAUGCAGAACAGUGGGCCGGCGGAGGACCUGAAGACUACCGUCAUGCAACUGCGAGAGACCGUGCUGCAGCAAAAAGAGACCAUUAUGAACCAGAAGGAGACAAUCAGGGAACUAACGUCCAAGUUGAGUCGAUGCGAGAGUCAGAGUUUCCCGGCUGCGGUGGGACCCGGAGGGAGGCGGCCGGGCGUCAAGAACACCAUGGGGGAUAUUUCACGGGGCACCGCAGAGACCCUUGCCCAGCUGGGACACACUUUACAGACUCUCAAACAGAGACUGGAGAACCUUGAGCAAUACAGCCGAGGGAAUAACACUGUCCAGGGGAACAGUCUGAAGGAUCUGAUUCAAAACAAGAUUGAUGACAUGGAGAAGCAAGUUCUGUCUCGGGUCAACACGUUAGAGGAAGCCAAAAGUGGUUCCAGGAAUGACAGCGAGCAAAGGAACCGAGUGGAGUCCACGCUCACUUCUCUGCACCACCGCAUCACAGACCUGGAGAAAGGCAAAGAAAACAGACCCACGGAUAAGUUCCAGCUGACGUUCCCCCUGAGGACCAACUACAUGUACGCCAAAGCCAAGAGGAGUCUACCCGAGAUGUACUCCUUCACCGUUUGUCUGUGGAUCAAGUCCAAUGCCUCGCCAGGGGUGGGGACACCCUUUUCUUACGCUGUCCCGGGGCAGGCCAAUGAGAUGGUGCUGAUCGAAUGGGGAAACAACCCAAUGGAGAUUCUCAUUAAUGACAAGGUCGCAAAGCUGCCGUUCCUCAUUAAUGACGGCAAAUGGCACCACCUGUGCAUCACGUGGACCACCCGAGAUGGGAUGUGGGAGGCCUUCCAGGACGGCAUGAUGAGGGGCAGCGGUGAAAAUCUGGCACCAUAUCACCCCAUCAAACCGGACGGGGUGCUCGUCUUGGGACAGGAGCAGGAUACACUCGGAGGAGGCUUUGAUGCAACACAAGCCUUCGUAGGUGAGUUAGCAAACCUGAAUAUCUGGAAUCGGAAACUGUCCAUCACCGAAAUCUACAACUUGGCAACCUGCAACAGUAAAGCACCAGCCGGCAAUGUCUUUUCUUGGAUGGAGAGCAACAUUGAAAUAUUUGGAGGAGCAACCAAAUGGUCCUUUGAGCCUUGUCGUUCAGCCAACUGAAUUGAAUUGAAGCCAUAGAGAAAAGGCCGCGGUGUAUUUCUGAGUUUAUGUCGUUCUCGUCUUCAUUUGAUGUUUGUUAGAGGCCAUUUGAUCUGGACUUUAGUUGUAAGCUUCAAUCUGGAAUUUUUGCCAUUCCCAAGAAUUUAUGUGCUGGACAACUGUUCUCAUUCUGGGGGCUGGCGGACUCAUUCUGGGACACCUCGGUUUGUUGUUUUCCGAUGUGUUCACUUGAAAGCACAAAUUCGAUUUUUGUUUUGGCUUCUGUCGUCUGGGCCGAGCAUCUGGCAACGUACGCUCCGUAUUUGGACAAGUCACCAUCCCAGCAAGGAAUUCCGUAACAGUUCCCACCUGUUUCUCAGAGGAAGCCUUGUCAAUUCUCGUCGGCAGUUGAUGCUGUCAAGAGAUGUCGAGCGUGAGGCUUUUCUCCUCCUCCCUUUUAACACCACUUGGCCCCUCGGAAACACGCACUGUGACUGACAAAGAGAACGGACGGACCGAAUGUAGGGCAUGAAUGAACAAUCAAAAGUCAGACAGUGGCACAAGUCAGUUUGUAUAUGUCGUUCGCUUCAAGUGUUUCUGUAAGAAUGUCGCCGACUUGCCAACAUUGUUACAAAGCCUGGGUGCCUUGGGCUGGUCCAAAUAUUCAGCACACACACAUAAAAUGUUUAAAGUUGCAAAUUCAGUCUUCAUCGAUUUUCAUUUUUUUCUUUUUCAAUUUAUGGUUUCGGAUUAGUUUUCCCCAACAUUUGUUUUGGCAGGUGUUUGUACUGCUCUGUAUUAGGAAUGUUACAGUAUCUGUAUAGUAACAGCAUGGAUGACAGAGUGCUGUGAAAGCAUUGUUGAAAUCUGCUUUAUUAUCUUUGGGUGUGGGUUUUUUACUGCAUUGUUAUAUGCUCCAAGCAUGGCAAACAUGACAGAUGAACAAUUUAAUUUUUGUAAUAAAAAAUUGUGAUACUCAAUGUCA